AUGGCUGUGAACAUGGCGAGGGUCCUCAGUGGACAAACACUGCCCUACAUUUCAAAUUUCAGCCUGUUAGUUAUAUGGAAAUUAGAGUUGUUAAAUGUUAUAUUUUCAGAUCAAAACAAGUUGAAGUUGUCAUUGCCUAAUGGUGAUGUACCUACAGCAAAUCAUGUUGCCUCCCCCUCCCCCAGUGAUGGACCAGCCACACCCCAGCUCAUGUCACCAGUUUUCAAGAGAACUCCAGUGUUAGACAUUACCAGGAAACCUCCACAGGUUGUUACGGAGGAGAAGUUGAGUCGUUUAUGGCCACAGCCACAGAGCAUUGAACAGCAGGAGGGAUAUCCCUUCCACAUUAGAAAACCUGCCUUACCUGUCAUGAUCAGUGUUGCCACAGGGACUGCUUUGAGAGAAAUCAAGAAAGUUUGGACUCUCCAGAAGGCAAGAUUCGAAGGCAUGAAUCUGAAGCUGGCUUUAGAACCUUUCACGCCUCUCAGUGACAUGGAUGACCCACAUAUUGUAUGCUGUGUCAGUGAGAGGCUUUGUCCUGGAAAAGGAGCUUAUAAACUUACAGUUAUGCAAAAUCAGAUAAAGGUCCUAUCCAACAGCUGUACCAGUCUCCACUAUGCAAUAUCCACCCUGGUGCAGUUGUUCAGGAUGUACAGAGAUGAGGAGAAAAAUGAAAUACAGAUACCACAACUGAGAAUAGAUGAUUGGCCUGAUUUGCCAAACAGAGGUGUAUUGUUUGAUAUAUCACAAGGAAGAGUUCCAAAUAGGGAAACGUUUAAGGAAACAGUUCUAUCAUUAUCCUUACUUAAAGUUAAUCAGAUCUAUUUAUAUACAAGAUUCAGGAAUUUGGAACAAAUAGUUUGGCAGGUGUAUUACGGAAUGGAAGAGUUGACAGAUCUGGAUGAGUUUUGUCAUGACUAUGGUAUAGAACUGAUUCCUGUGUUAGAGGUAGCACCUUCCGUUCAGUAUGAUGAUUUACAACAGAUGUAUGCCGUCUUCCAAGAUUUCUUGACAUGUUUUAGUUUUAAUGAAUUUGUAAGCGUAGGUCCGAGACUUAGUACCUUCUUGCUGGAUGUUGACGAGGACAAUGAGCUCAAUGUGUCCGACUGUGCUACCAUGUUACCUGUACGCUCGGACCAGACCAUUCAACUGUAUGGCUACCCGCUACAUGACCUCAACCCCAAUACCUUGUCACAACUACACCCCCACUAUCUUGUUUUUAAUGAAUAUGGAGUGCAGGCCACUCAUAAUUUUACAGAGAUCUGCAAGCCAUUAUCAAAGCAAGGAAUGAGUUACUUGGUAUGUCCAGGUACAUCGGCAUGGAACAGUUUAGCCGGUUGUCCGGAGGCGGCCAUUACAAAUGUUUAUAAUGCCGUAAAGUGUGCACUAUCUGAUGGUGCCAUAGGGAUAAUGGUGUGUAAUUGGUCUGGCAAGGGUCACAUAACUCACCUUCCAUUCUGCUGGCCAGGAUUCCUGAUGGGGGCGGGGCUAAGCUGGAAUGCUGAUUGUCAUUGGGAGUUUUGCCUAGGAAAUUUAGAAGAGUUACUUAACCUUCAUAUAUUUCGUGCAGAGAAAGGGGUUAUAGGUCAUGCAAUAGUGGAACUGGGUAGAGCCGAAACCUACCUUGUUAGGUGUGCUAGGUGUCAAACAGGUGAUGAUUGUUCCGACUUACCAUCAGACAAUGGCUCAUUGCUGUAUCAAUUCCUUCUAAACCCUGACAACUCCAUCAUAGAAAAUCUCACUCCAGAAAUUCUACAGAGAGUGAAUCGACAUGUAAGGAAAUGCCAGAAUGAAUUGAAAACAGCAGAACUCCAGUGUACACAGGGUGCUAGUAUAGUGGCAGAACUACAACAUACAUGUGAUCUUAUGUUAUUGGCUGUGAAAAUAGGAAGAGCUUUGGUUGUAUCAGGACGAAAUCCGAGUACACAAGCAGGUUGUAGUGUUGUCAAUCUUGGUAUAAGCAACCUUCCACCAACUGUGAAAACAGAUCUAGCAAACAGGUACACUUGUCCUUCUUAGAGUGACUUAAUUUUACACUAAAAGUAAAUAUAGACACACCUAUUUACUGUGAUAAUCUGAAAUGCAAUGCACAGAUUCUAUUAUUAUUUCCCCUUUGAAAAAUAGAUGUUAUAUUGUUUGCUCCUUGUCAGUUGGUCGGUCAAGCUACAAACUGCUCAGUUUCACAAACUAGAAUGAUUGCCUGUGGUCAGUAGAUGACCCAUUUUAUUU